CUUCCGGUUCAGAAACAUCAGGAGGUGCAGAAAUUUCGCUAAAGAUGCUUGAAAACAUAGAUGACAGGUUAAAAUUUCUGUUGGGUCUGACAGCUGCAGCUACGGCCAAGUAUCUGGCCACCUGGUGGCUGAGAGAGAAGAGGCAGGACAGGUUUGAGUUGGUUGGCACAGUCAAAGAACUGAUCUGCUAUCCUGUUAAGUCAUGUAAAGGCGUUUAUGUUGAUGAAGCAGAAUGCACAAAGUUUGGUCUGAAAGUAGAUGGUGUAUUUGAUAGACACUGGAUGGUAACUCGAGACAAUGGGCGUUUCUUGUCGCAGAGACAGGAGCCAAAGAUGGCCUUGAUAACGGUGAAGGUUACUGAAUCCGGAGUGGAGCUGAGUGCACCAGGAAUGUCACCUUGUCAGCUUAGUAGGGACAUUCAGAAAACGAGGAAUAAUAUCUCCAAAUGCACGGUAUGGGACUGUAAUACACAAGGUCUAGACUGUGGUGAUGCUGCAGGUCAGUGGGUGUCACAGUACCUAGGAAAACCUGGACUCCGAGUAAUGUUUUAUUCUCACGACCUAGAGAAAAGGACAUUUAUAAAUGAGACAAAACCAUGGUUUACUAGAACCCUAGAAACAGACUAUUGUGGGUAUGCAGACUGGGCUACCUAUUUAUUCCUGACCACAUCUUCAUUAGAAGCCCUCAACAAGCACCUUAAGAAACCACUCACAAUGAAGAGUUUCCGACCAAACAUCGUCAUUGAUGGAACAGAUGCAUUUGAAGAGGAUGACUGGGAGGAGAUUAUCAUAGGAGACAAAGUCCAGAUGAGAUGUUUGUCUGCCUGUGACAGAUGUGUGUUGACUACUGUUGAUCCAGAGAAAGGUGUUAAAAGUGAGGAUGGUGAACCAUUGAAGACAUUAAAAAGAAUAAGAUCCAUUCCACCGUAUGACAAAUACAACGAAUGUGUGUUCGGUAUAAAUGCUGCCCCAGAUGUGUGCGGAACUGUUCAAGUUGGUGAUCCCGUAUAUGCCAUAAGAAAGUUACAACAGUGACAUAUAUAUAUACAAACAGUGUUCAUCUUUAUAGUUAGAAAUAGCAUAUUAAGCUUAUGUGCAUUAGUUUAAGGGCAUUUUAACCAGAGAUAUCAGAUGUAUCAGUGGCUCUUUGAUUAAAUAAUUCUGCUGUAGGAUUUUGAGACUUUUAUACAUACAUGUACCUUGCAUCAAUUUAAUUCUGCAAAUGUAUAUUAGCUAACUGUGAAUUGUCCAUAAACAGGUAUUUUUAAACAUUUUGGCUCUUUUUGAAAUGCUUUUGUCAACUAGGGACCCAUUAUCAUUACAUAUUAGGCAGUAAAUUAUAUUUACAUUUGUUUCUUUGGCAUGAUUCAGUCUGAUUGUUUGAAAAAAAGUAUAAAAUUUUGUGUCCAAUUCAACUAUUAAUCAGAGAUCGUCAGCUCUGCAUUAUUCAAAACAGUUGCUUUGUUUCUAUAUGUAUUUUAUUAAGUGUUUUAGGCUCAAUCAAACCUUACUUUUUUACUUAUCUGAUAGGCAGCUACCUCAGACAUUGGCAAAUAAGCUUGGUGAAAGAAACAGAUUAAUUCUGACAUCUUUUGAAAAAUUGUACACAAUUCUAAAGACCUCCAAGUGCAGUAAUAGGAACUUUGUAAUUUUCCAAAUAUCUCAAUUUGUUUUGAAUUUAUUUUGAAAGAAAAAAAAGGUUUUUAUAUGUCUUUUGUAAGUUUCAGUCAUUUCAGCACUAGAAACCAUUUAAAUUAAAUUACUGGUUUGCGACCAGUAUGGAUCCAGACCAGCCUGCGCAUCCGCACAGUCUGGUCAGGAUCCAUGCUGUUCGCUUUUAAAGCCUACUGGAAUUGGAGAAACUGUUAGCGAACAGCAUGGAUCCUGACCAGACUGCGCAGAUGCGCAGGCUGGUCUGGAUCCAUGCUGGUCGCAAACCCACUAUGCUGGUUUUCUCAUGGCAUGGCUCAUAUAUUUUUUGCCAUAAGAUUAUGAAUUUGUUGGAUCAGUAUUAGUCUGUUAGCAUUUAGCCAGUGUAGUGUACAAAGGGCAUUUUAACAUAGCAACACUAGUUACCUAGAAAUUAUUUUUUGAUUAAAUGUAUGCUUGAGCAUUAACACUUGAAAUUCUGUUAAGAGUGAAUUUCAGAAUAGGACCAGAUAUAGGCAUUGUAAGAUCUGAAGUUGUCAGGCCAUAGCAAAAAUUGUUAUGGAGUUCGUUUGUAUGUAAGCUUAAUUACAGUCGCCACAGGUUAACCAUAUGGGAGACUCCUCCAGAAGACUGUCAGUGGGAGGAUAGUGCAAGAUACAGAAGAUGCUCCAUUUUCAAAACCUUUCCUGGUUCUUUAGCUUGCCAGGUGUAAAGCAGGGGACUGUUUGUAAUUUUUAGUAGGAGGAGCGGGGGCUCGAACUCACAACCCCUGGUUUAGUAGUCAGACAGUGUUACCACUGGACCAAUGCAUUCUGCUCUAUUGUUAUGGAGUUUUACAGGUGUUGGUUUAUCAUCAAGGAGAACAGUGCCCCACCUGAUAAUAGAAGCCUUGGAUCUUUUACACUAUCUCUUAAUCUACCUAGACAGAAUUAUGGUUUAUUUAGAUUUUAUUCAUCUUUUGGCAUAUUUAAUUGAUAUAGGUAAUUUCAGGUUUAUGUCUGUUGGUUGUACUUUGGCUACCUCUUUUAUGAAUUCCAGUAUGCAGUUGUUAAGUUACAUAAUAAUGUUAACAUUUUUGUGUGUUUUAAAGCCACUUGAAAUUUGUGCUAGUCUCUUCUUAUUUCACAGAUUUUAUGUACCAAUAUAUGUUUUACUUCAGGGUUAUGUGUAUAAUAUAUUUGCUCAUUACUGA